AUGUACGAUAUUCGUCGGAGAGCGGAAGCAAGGUGUCGAAGGGUUACAAAUGGGGCUGUCCCGUGGUCUCCACAGAUCCAAAAUUUUUGGGACCGCCAGUCCCUCUGGAAGCUACUACUGAAGGGAAGGAAGCAAUGUAGAGUCAGCUCGCGAAAAGUCCGUCGCCUUAUGAAGAAGACUAAGUUGCCCAACGCGUGGAAGAAGACUACAGUUGGGGCAUUGCGCAAUGACAGGAAGGAGUACCUGCAUGCCAAGAAAAACCACACGGUUUCAUGGCGCAAGGAGUUCUUGACUGUUCAAGUGAAGAAAUCUAAGAAGAAACAAUGGACAUCGCGCAAGGCUAGGGAUCGCUUUUUGAGGUUACGGCGGAUGAAGCAACGAGAGGAGGCGAGACGCCGCCGCCGCGCCCAGUCAAAAGGAUCUACUGGUGGUUUGCAAGCGAUUCAAGUUGAGGAGCAGUUACCUACCGGACAAGUGGAUCUGCGAACUCUCACCGACCGGAGACAAGUCGAGCAAGGGUGCAUGCAGGAAAAUCGCGCACGGUAUGACCAGACUCGAUCGCCCUAUACGACUCCUCCCAUGGACAAACCCUUGUAUUCAAUGUUCACCGGGGCAGACGCAGAGAGGAACUCCCACGCACUUCUGGAGGGCCGCCUUCCCAUGCCGAAUGGGAUCGAUUCUUACACUAAGUCAUUCCUGGAGCAGUGCCGUUUCCAACAAGGGCACUCUAUGAUCCCGAUGGAAGUUUCGCCGGCCGAUCAUACUUGCUUCUGGUCUCGUAAUCCAGAGAACAAGGGCUCGGAACCGCAUGGGCUUCAUAACGGGCAUUUCAAGGCUGGGAUUUAUUCCCCUAUGGUGGCUCAAUGCGACGCUCUCUUCCGCCACAUACCCUUGACAACUGGUUUUGUCCCUGACAACUGGCGGCAUCUGAUGAAUUUCGCUAUUGCAAAGAAGCCAGGCGACUUUUGGCUGACAAAAAUGCGUACGAUUCAGCUCAUGAAUUCUGAAUCUCAAGCGAACUACAAGAAACUGGGCCGUCUGGCCAUGGCCUACGGCGAAGAACAUCACCUCUUGGCCGAUGGACAGUGCAGGUCUAGAAAGCACCAUCAAGCGAUUGAUCUUGCCCUGUCUAAACGUCUUGUGUGGGACCUUCUGAUUCUUCAGCGCCGCUCUGCGGGUUGGAUUUCAAAUGACGCAAAGUCGUGUUUUGAUCGGGUCGUCCAUUGGGUUGUGGUGUUAGCUAUGAUGCGUCUGGCGAUUACUUGGAAUGCGUUGCGCAUGAUGUUUGACACUCUUGCAACGUCCACGCACCGAGUGCGGACAGGCUUUGGUGACUCUGAAGAGAGCUUUCAUCCCCCUUCCAUGGUACCAUUUCAGGGUUGCGGCCAGGGCAACGGAGCGGGCCCGCCCAUUUGGGUCUCCGUCAGCUCCGUCAUUAUCCAGAUGAUGACCGCGAUGGGCUUCGGCUUCCAAUGCCUCACCGCGAUUGAUUCUCAACUGAUCACCGCUCAGCGCUUCUGCUUUGUUGAUGACACGGAUGUGAUCAAAGUGGGCAAGUCCGUGGAACAAUCUGGCGAGGAUAUAUGCCACUCCGUCCAACAAGCGGCUUCCACGUGGGCUGGAGGCAUUAGUGCUACUGGAGGGGCAAUUAACCCAGAAAAGUCCUUUUGGUGGUUGAUUGACUUUGUGUGGGACUCCAGAGAGGGCAAAUGGAGGUUCCGCCAGACGCACCAACUUCUACAUGAUCAUCCAAUACAAAUACCGGGACUGACUGGCGAAUUGGAAGCCUUACAUUGUCUGGAGCCGGAUGAGGCAGAGAAAACCUUGGGGGUCAUGUUGGCCCCAUUGGAAGAUCAACAUGCUCACGUUGCCCACCUCAAGAGUAUCGCCAAACAGUGGGCUGAGCAAGUGCGAUCGGGGCAUCUACACAAAUACGAUGUCAUUCCCCUUAUCAAGACAACAGUGAUGAAAUCCCUGGAAUAUCCUAUGGUGUUAACUACACUGGAUGAUGCGACAUGGGUGUCAAUUAUGAGUCCUGUUCUUCAAGUCUGCCUGCCGACGGCAUAUGUAGGAGCUUACCUCGUGACAUGGUUCUCGCCCCUCUCAAAUUGCAGGGUCUGGGCAUCCCCCAUCCGUUUGGUACUCAGGUGUCUAAACAUAUUGAGGUCCUGCUUUGCCACUUGUCCAACCAAACAAAAACUGGGGCGUAUAUGGAGGCUGCGGUUCAAGAACACCAACUUGAGACCGGCACCUCCUUUGGACUCUUCCAUCAGGACUAUAGCAACACGGCAAUUUUGGCGUCAGAUACUUGGCUCAAAAGAGUCUAGAAAGAGUUGGAGGACUUGGAUAUCUACAUUGCCGCGAUCAAACAAGAACAGCUCCUCUGAUGCUGGAUCUUCAGACGAACUAUUGCAGAGAAGUGGAUUAUUAUCCAAAGACGGUCAGCAAAGCAUAAGAUAUGUUGAAGAUUCACAUGGAAGUGAGUAA